CGCUCCAGCCCCAGGACCAGCCGUGGCGGUGGCCCACCCUUGGAGGCCUGUCAUGGCGCCGGCCGGGGGGUAGCCGUCUCUGCGGGCCUGUCACCCGCGCCCUCCCCCAACUCUCAGCUGGUUGAAUCGACAGUAAAUAAAGGCUGGACCAGCGCAAAACUCUCUCACUCUGGCCAGCAGCCUGGAGGAUGUAGUGACGUCUCAUCAAGGCUGUGGGAGUGAAAGAGUCCCUCGGCAGGAUGGAUGAAGAAAGCUUGGAAACCGCGAUCCAGACCUACCGUGUCCAGCUGCAGCAGGUGGAGCUGGCCCUGGGGGCCGGACUGGAUCCCACAGAACAGUCCGACCUGAUUCAGUUACAGGGGGACUUAAAGCAAUUGAUUGAACUGACCGAGGCUAGUCUGGUGUCCGUGAGAAAGAGCCAACUGCUGGCCACGCUAGAUCCGGGCGUCUCCUCCCCAGAUCCUCCAGGAGUGGGCGGCGGAGCCGCUGCUGAUGAAUAUGCAGCUUUUAAAUUGGCUAUUAGUGAAGUCACCGGUGAGUCAGAAGCUUCGGAAGCCGAGACUGCAGCCUCUCUCAAGGGAGAUAGAGGGAAAGAAGAGACGAGCUCUGGUCAUGAGGAGGCAGAGGAGGAGGAGGAGGAAGAAGAGGAAUUAAGUGGGAUGAAAGUCAAUGCUCCAUACUACAGUUCCUGGGGAACAUUGGAGUACCACAAUGCCAUGGUUGUGGGGACUGAACAUUUGGAAGAUGGCAGCUCUGGGGUCAGGGUUCUCUACCUUUACCCAACUCACAAGUCUUUGAAGCCCUGCCCAUUCUUCCUGGAAGGAAAAUGCCGCUUUAAGGAGAAUUGCAGGUUCUCCCACGGGCAGGUUGUGGCCGUGGACGAACUCCGCCCCUACCAGGAGCCAGACCUGAGCUCCCUACAGGUGGGCUCAGCCUGCUUGGCCAAACACCACGACGGCAUCUGGUACCCGGCCAGAAUCACAGACGUGGACAGCGGCUAUUACACAGUGAAGUUCGACUCUCUCCUGCUGAAGGAGGCAGUAGUGGAAGGUGACGGCAUCUUGCCCCCGCUACGCAGUGAGGAGAGCGCCUCCUCGGCAUCUGAGGAUGAGGAUGCCAGCGACGCGGGCUACGCCAGAGUGUUUGAGUCAGAACCCUCGGAGGGCGGCGAUUGGGCCCCGGCCUGCAGUUCCUCUUUUGCGGGCUGGGAGGCCCAUACCCGAGGCAUCGGCUCCAAACUCCUCGCACGGAUGGGCUAUGAAUUCGGAAAAGGGUUGGGGAAGAAUGCAGAGGGCCGGGUGGAACCUGUCCACGCCGUGGUGCUGCCGAAAGGGAAAUCCUUGGAUCAAUGCGCAGACAUCCUUCAGAAGAGGACAAGGAGCAAGCCCGACGUGGGCAAAGCCAGAAAAUGUCAAGCGAAGGGGAAAGGGGCCAGGCAACGCCCCUCCACCCACAACGUUUUUGACUUCCUGAAUGAAAAGCUCCAGAGCCAGGGCCCCAGGGAGCAGAAUGAACAGAGAGCCGUUCCCGAGAGGAAUGGCAAGGAGAUCUACCAUGCCAGCAAGAGCACCAAACGAGCCCUGAGCGUCCGGCUCUUCCAGACCCUGGAGAAGAUCGAGCAAACCCAGAGAGAUAUCCGUGGCAUCCAGGAGGCCCUGGCCCGCAACGUGGGCCGGCACAGUGUGGCCACAGCCCAGCUUGAAGAGAAGCUGGCCGGAGCCCAGAGGCAGCUGGGGCAGCUGCGGGCCCAGGAAGCCAGCCUGCAGCGGGACCAGAAGAAGGCAGAUACCCACAAGAAGAUGACCGAGUUCUAGUCCUUCCAGAGGCCCCUGGGCCUCCACAUCUCCAUCAAGAGCAGGUGUGGUCCAGGUCCCGGAGCGGCCGUGUCCAGCCUUAGCCCACCCAGGGUGGGGCCGAAGUCCCCGAUCAUCCUUUCAGCCUCUGGAAGCCCCUGGCCCCAUAUCCACUCCAGGGUAGACCCCACCAAAGCCGGGCCUCAGCCAGAAGGUGCGAAACGGGACUCGGUUCCUUCAGUGGCUUCUCGCCCCUGAUUUCCUGUUCCUUGGGCCGGGGAUCCCCUCCUUUGAGGUUGCAAGGGGAAAAGAAGCAGGGGCUAUUCUCGACCUGCCUUUGGGAGAGUCGGAGGGGGCCCUGGGGGCUGGGAGACGACCAAGUGGGGAAAGGGGAUGAGGUGGCCGGAGCUGGGCUGGUGGAAAGUAGACGAUACUUUCCAAGGGGCCGACUUCCAAACCAGAACACAGGGAGCCGACCGGCCCAGAACCUCUCAGCCAGAGCCCGGCUCCAUCUUGGCCGAUUCUGAUACUCCACAUGAGGAGUAUCUGGAGCAGAGGGAGAGCUCCGACCUCUGAGAAAUUCAGUGCCUGAUCCUGGAGGGUCAUACAGCUCUCCCCGCCUCGCCCUUCCACCUCUCCACUCUACCUCCUAACCCCAGGGAUUAUUCUGCCAGCAGCUGGUCGGAGGCAGAAAGCCGAGUCAGAAAACCCCCUCCUAGCAGACUGCCCCUUAGGGGACCGCUGGGCAUCUCCACUCUCUCCCUAAAGACCACUGGCGGAUCGAGGCGGGCCCGUGAGAGGAUGGAAUGGUAACACUCUGCAGCCUCUGACCGACUCUGAGGACGACCCAGCUGGGGAGGCCCCAUUUGGUUGACCAAGUCUUAGAGAUGUUUUUUUAAGAAGAGAAAUUAAAGCGACUUUGUUGAUCUGUG